GCUAUCAACAGUGUUGCAGCACAAUUGCGGCAUUUCGCUGGUCGCACCAGACGGCCACACUAAUCUUUUAUAAAUAAACAAACAUGUCCAAACAAUAUGGCCUUAUUAUACCCGGCCAGCAAAAGAAGGUACCUCCAAAACGCACUGAAAGGCCCUCGAUUUUCGACGAGAGCAGCGAGUCCGAGAGCGAUAAUGACCAAAAUGCUCCUCAAUUGAAGUCGAAAACCAGCGGAGUGUCCUUGGGUCCGAGUCUAAUGGAGCGCCGCGUGGCCCGCCGGCAGCAGGAAAAGGCUCUGGCCGAGGAUCCAACCAUAUUCCUGUACGACGAGCUGUACGACGACAUGGACAGCAAACGCGAGGAGGCCAAGCAGACGAAGAGUCAGGAGCCGCGGAAACCAAAGUACAUUGGACGGCUGAUGGAGCACGCCGAGCGCAGGAAGCUGGAGAAGGAGCUGCGCAUCGAACGGCAGGUGCAGAAGGAUCGCGAAGCCGAGGGCGAGAUGUACAAGGACAAGGACACCUACGUGACUGCCGCCUACCGCAAGAAACUCGAGUCCAUACGCCAGAUGCAGGAGCAGGAGCAGCGGGAUGAGUACCUCGAGGCCAUUGGCGAUGUCACCAAGCAGAAGGAUCUGGACGGCUUCUAUCGCCAUCUCUACGAACAGAAGAUGGGCGGUCCCGCUCAGCAGGAUGUCAUCAAACCAAAGACGGCGCCCACCACUGACGAGGUAGCGUACAAACCUAUUAAGGCAGAGGCUGCCAAGCACAGAAGCUAUCGACGACGUCGCUCCUCCGAGGAGGAAGAGGAGCAGACCAAGGGCAAGUCAGGCCAAGGCUCGGAGCCCACAAAGUCAACGGAUCAGGCGGAAAGCAAGCCAGCCCAGGCACAUUUGACCAACAACAUAGAUGCCGAUUCCGAUUUUAGCAUAGACGACUCCAGUGAUGAAGAAGAGGAGAAGGAAAAUAAAAAGGAAAAGGAGAAGCCGGUCCAUGGCAAAAAGGAGGAUAAGAACAAGGCUCCGGAAUGUUCUGAGCCCGCUAAAGUCAAAGAACCCGAGGCGUCGCAACAAUCCCCCUCAAAAAAAGAAGAUUCCAAUGGCAAAGUGGACGAGAAGGAUCUACCCGUGCCGACAGUCACCAAACCGCCUGUGGACCGCACACUCAUCUGGCGCAAAAGAACCGUGGGCGAGGUCUUCGAGGCAGCCUUGGCUCGCUACCAGGAACGCAAGCGAGCGCGCCUGGGGUAAAAUGCAUCCAAUUAAAGUUCGAGUAGAUAGAAAAAAAA